CGAGACCUCGGCAGCAUUGUCCAAUGCACAGUGGAUGUGAUUAUGGCAACGAUACUUGUUGCGCGCAACGCAAUCCAGUCGAUCAACUUCCAUGCCGGUCGCCACAAGGGCGAGGACAAUUCAAAUGUUACGACGCCCAUGAUACUGCUAGGCUAGCGAGCGAACGGCUCAUUGGCUCAUUAGGGCGUUCUGAGGGCGCACUUCAACCAGCGAGCGCUGCUGACCUCCCCCCCCCCACAAGGCCAGAGAGCGCGCAAGCGCUGGCGGCUGCGCCGCCGGCAGCGCCACGGGCCCCCCCCCCGCGCGUCGAGGCCCUCUCUCGCGUGAGGACCGUCGGGCGUGGCAUGGGCGCGCCGCCUGCUGCGCAACUAGAAGGAGGGACAGCGGAGAAGGACAAGGCGGGGGAGGCGGGCGACGCUGGGGAGCGGGGUUGGGGGGAGAGGGGGAAGACGGCGAAAGUGCCGCGGCCCCAACGCUCCAGAAUGACAGCUGCCCAGCCCUCAAACGAGGCUGGGAACGCAGCUGCCUGGAGCGUCCACUCCGCGGCUCGCAAGGCAUCAAAUUCUCUCUCCCAAGCUGGCCAUCAAGACCUGCAUUGCGACUUUUGUCGAACUGGACGUCCUUUGGGCCCCAGCUUCUUAGACACGGCGCCUGGGUGCAACAGCAGCACAACCGAGGGCAGCCUGUCUACCAACGCCCUGCGCACGGCUCGGACCGCCCCCCCUGCUGCCACAAUGCAGUCAUCUGUGACGAUCCAUGACAAGUCGCUAGAUGGUGAGCAGGAGAUGCAAAAAAGGGCCCUGCACAUGCAACGGCACGCGGCUCCUGCCCCGAGGGAGUGGGGCAAAAUGCUCGGGAGCGCACCGGGGAGGUGACAACCACAGUACCAGCAGGGAGCAGCCGGGCGCUGCCUUGCGCCAGCGCUCUGACCCACGCUCGACCAAGCAGAAACUCAAGACCUCUCACCAUGGCAAGGUAUUAGGUAAUACCAGCACGGACACGACGCAGGACAGCACCGCUUUUGGCGGGACAUUAACAUCGCCCAUGCAGUACAGACAGAGUAGCCCGAUUCAA